CCUUUGAAGAUUCAGCGCUUGAAACCAUGCAGAACCUGACAGGCCUCUCGGGCAACACGACGUCCAGCGUUAACCUCUCGGUCAUUGUGAAGGUGUGUGUGGUGAUCCCGUUCUUCAUUGCCUUCCUGUUCUUCAUCCUCCUGACGCUGUACACCUUUGCAUCUCACAGGCAGUUCUUUGACAGCUCCCGUUACGUCCUCUUCACCUACAUGCUGAUCAACGACACCUUGCAGCUGCUCUCCUCUGUCUCCCUUUUCUUGCUCGUGAUGGGCGGCGUGCAGUUCGCGAUCGUCUUCUGCGCUCCGCUGCUGUUCGUGUCCACCGCUACCUUCCUAAACACCCCGCUCAUCCUUUCCACCAUGUCGCUGGAGCGCUACGUGGCUAUUUUCUACCCGCUUCACCGUCCUGCCAUCUGGAGACCCGAAUGGAUUUGGAUCAUCGUUCUAAGCCUCUGGAUCAUCAGCUGCGUCCUGCCCACCGUUGACUUCGUCUUGAUGCGGCUCAAGCCAGGCGUAGAUGUCCAAUCGACCCCAGUGCUCUGCAAAACCGCCGUGAUCAACGCUUCUCCCAUUCAGGCUCUGUUCAAAAUCAGCCUCAAUGGGAUCUUCUUCGCAGUGGUGGCCGUGGUCAUCCUCUUCACGUACAUUCGGAUCCUGAUGGAGACCCGGAGGAUGAGGCAGGACCGGGCGUCCGUGAGGAAGGCUCUGCACACAGUGCUUCUUCAUGGCUUCCAGCUGCUCCUCAGCGUGAUGGCCUUCUCCCAGCCCGUCGCCGAACUCUUUCUCUUUCAGCGUGUGAACUUGUCUCCAGCAGAUAUAUCUUUUAUCUAUUAUUUCUGCUUCAUCCUGCUUCCCCGCUUUCUGAGCCCGCUCAUUUACGGCCUUAGGGAUGAGAGCCUCAGAAGAUAUAUGAAGAAAGUCAUGCCUUGUUAUGGUGCACGCAUCGACCCACACAAAGUCAAAAUAACUAAAUAAAAGUAACAUUUAUCUAUCUAUCUUCAAAAUAUCAUUCGGAGUUUCGUUGCGAGAAAGUUCACGUCAGUCAAAUGAAGCAUAGUAACAAUAUUAAUAAUUUGGCCUACGCAAACGUUUAGGAAACCAGAUGUGAUGUUUAAUAUCUGUUGUGUAAACCAUGAUAUUUUUUAUGAUUCUUUGAUUAAUGUACUUUAACUUUAAAAACAUAAAAACAAAAAUCCUCUGUAACAUUAUAAUUGUCUGUACUGUCACAUUUACUGUCAAUUAAUAAAUACAAGUAUUAAUUUCCGUAUCUUAAAGACCUUACGGACUCUAAACUAUAUCUAAACUAUAUAUUUGAGAAAAUAUGAAUACUGUGUAGAUAUGGAGGCCAAUUAAUCUGACAAUUUAUGAUGCUCAUUUGUUAGCCUACUGCAAUGUAUGUUCACUGCAUGUUUUUUAAGUCAUACAAAAUAUUUUUAAAAUUGGAAAUUGAAAUAGAUACUUUGCAUUUUGUCUGUUUAAAUAAGCAUCUUGUUCAUACGUACCAA